AUGCCUCAGGGCGCAAUCAUAAACGGCAAGCUUGAUGAAGUUCAUCCGAUUGAUUUACGUGAUCCAAAUGAGAUUCAGGAGUUUGUGCCGCACUCAUGGUACAAGUACCCUGAUGGCGUAAAAGGUUUGCAUCCUUGGGAUGGUAUUACAGACCCCGACUUUGAUGUUAGCUCAGCAAAAGGCACUAGCCAUAAUAUCGAAGAGCUUGAUGAGGGUGCCAGUUAUUCAUGGAUUAAAGCGCCUCGCUGGAAAGGGCAUGCUAUGGAAGUUGGGCCGUUGGCUCGUUAUAUCGUCGGAUAUGCUCAGGGGCAUGAGUACUUUACCGAACAGAUUAAUAUGACGCUUAAGACGCUCGAUGUACCAUUGGAGGCUAUAUUCUCAACCUUGGGCAGAACGGCAACGCGAGCACUGGAAGCACAAUGGGCAGCUGAUCAGCAACUCUAUUUCUUUGAUAAGUUGAUUACUAAUAUUAAAAAUGGCGACAGCGCGACUCACGGUGGUGAGAUGUGGGAUCCGAAAGACUGGCCUAGUGAGGCCAAAGGUGUUGGUUUUACUGAAGCACCUAGAGGCGCACUGGCUCACUGGAUAGUAAUCAAAGAUACCAAAAUUGAAAACUAUCAAUGUGUUGUUCCAACCACAUGGAACGGUUCACCACGUGAUGAAGCCGGAAAUAUUGGUGCCUUCGAAGCUUCAAUGAUGAAUACUAAAGUUGAAGUGCCAGAAGAGCCAGUUGAAAUCUUGCGUAAUGUUCACAGCUUUGACCCCUGUCUUGCUUGCUCGACGCACCUUAUGACGGAAGAGGGUGAGGACAUUACAACAGUAACAACUGGCCCAGUCGGCUCAUAA